AUGGCGGCGGCGCUUCGCUGGGGGGUCGCGGGCGGCCGCCGAGGGCUGCGGGCGCUGCUGAGGUGUGAAGUGCUGUGUUCAAGAUGGUGCCUUAUAACUUCACAUAAACUGUAUUCAUCUGUGUAUGAUCCAAAUGAAAAGACUUUUGAAAAACUCCUUAUUGCCAACAGAGGAGAGAUUGCAUGCCGAGUCAUCAAAACGUGUAAGAAAAUGGGGAUUAAAACAGUUGCCAUACACAGUGAUGUUGAUGCCAAUGCUGUUCAUGUGAAAAUGGCGGAUGAAGCUGUCUGUGUUGGCCCAGCUCCCACCAGCAAAAGCUACCUCAACAUGGAUGCCAUCAUGGAAGUCAUUAAGAAAACCAGGGCCCAAGCUGUACACCCAGGAUAUGGAUUUCUUUCAGAAAAUAAAGAAUUUGCUAGACGUUUGGCAUCAGAAGGUGUCACCUUCAUUGGACCUGACACACAUGCUAUUCAAGCUAUGGGAGACAAGAUUGAAAGCAAAUUAUUAGCCAAGAAUGCAAAGGUCAACACAAUCCCUGGCUUUGAUGGAGUAGUCAAGGAUGCAGAUGAAGCUGUCAGAAUUGCAAGGGAAAUUGGCUACCCUGUCAUGAUCAAGGCCUCAGCAGGUGGUGGUGGGAAAGGCAUGAGAAUCGCUUGGGAUGAUGAAGAGACCAGGGAAGGCUUUAGGUUUUCAUCUCAAGAAGCUGCUUCGAGUUUUGGCGAUGAUCGCUUACUGAUAGAAAAGUUUAUUGAUAACCCUCGUCACAUAGAAAUCCAGGUUUUGGCAGAUAAACAUGGUAAUGCCUUGUGGUUGAAUGAAAGAGAGUGCUCCAUUCAAAGGAGAAACCAGAAAGUUGUGGAGGAGGCACCGAGCACUUUUCUAGACCCUGAAACUCGAAGAGCAAUGGGAGAACAAGCAGUAGCUCUUGCCAAAGCAGUAAAAUAUUCCUCUGCUGGAACAGUAGAAUUCCUUGUGGACUCCAGUAAGAAUUUCUACUUCUUAGAAAUGAAUACUAGACUUCAGGUUGAACAUCCCGUCACAGAAUGCAUUACUGGCCUGGACUUAGUCCAAGAAAUGAUCCGUGUUGCUAAGGGUUACCCUCUCAGGCACAAACAGGCUGAUAUUCCCAUCAACGGCUGGGCGGUUGAAUGUCGAGUUUAUGCUGAGGACCCCUACAAAUCUUUUGGCCUGCCAUCCAUUGGUAAACUCUCUCAGUAUCAGGAACCAUUGCAUGUGCCAAGCGUACGUGUUGACAGUGGCAUACAACAAGGAAGUGAUAUUAGCAUUUAUUAUGAUCCUAUGAUCUCAAAACUGAUUACCUAUGGCUCUAAUAGAGCUGAAGCGCUGAAAAGAAUGGAAGAGGCUUUGGACAAUUAUGUAAUUCGAGGUGUGGCUCACAAUAUUUCUUUACUGAGAGAAGUGAUCAUCCAUCCACGCUUUGUUCAAGGAGACAUCAGCACUAAAUUCCUUCCUGAAGUCUAUCCAGAUGGUUUUAAAGGACACAAGUUAACAGAUCUUGAAAAAAGAGAACUACUGGCGACAGCAGCGUCUUUGUAUGUGGCUGAACAACUGAGAUCACAGCGAUUUCUAGGGACUCCAAGAAUUCCUAUUGCUAAAUCAAAGAGAAGUAGCUGGGAGCUCUCUGUGCGUCUAGGAGAUGGAAUUUACCCGGUUGCAGUUUCAAAGGAUGGCUCAUCAUUUUCUGUGGAAGUUGAUGGGAUGAAACUAAACGUGACCAGCGAGUGGAACCUGGCUUCACCCUUAUUGUCUGUCACCAUUAAUGGCACUCAGAGGACUAUACAGCGGCUUUCUCGGAAUGCCUCUGGAGAGACAAGCAUUCAGUUUCUAGGCACAGUGUACAAAUUACAAAUACUGACGAAGGUUGCUGCAGAGCUGAGCAAGUACAUGCCAGAGAAAGCAGCAGAGGACACCUCCAGCAUUUUGAGAUCUCCCAUGCCUGGAGCAGUGGUGGCAGUUUCUGUCAAGCCUGGGGACACGGUUUCAGAAGGUCAAGAGAUUUGUGUAAUUGAAGCAAUGAAAAUGCAGAACAGUAUGAUUGCUGCUAAAACAGGCAAGGUGAAAGCUGUGCACUGCAAAGCUGGUGAUACUGUUGGAGAAGGAGAUCUGCUGGUGGAACUGGAAUAAACAGUUGCCUCCACACUGUUGAAUUAGCUAAGUCUUUAUUAUUUCCAUCCAUAAAGUAAAAUUAAGGCAAUUCAACACAGAAGAUGGACAGUCCUAUUGUGCAAGAUUUUAUACAGUCAUAUUUAUUGUAUCAGUGGUUAAGUCAGCAAACACAGAUGUUAAACCUUGGCAACAGAUCCCAGAUUUUUACUUCCAGAAAUACUUGUACAUAACCUUUGUAAUUCUUUGAUUUUUCAGGAUCAAAUAAAAUCAAUAAAAUACCAUUUCUGCUUUAAAACAGGAAAAGCCUCUUUUUAAAAAAAAAAAGAAAACAAAAGCCCAAAUCCGAUUCAUCUUCUCCAUGGUAAUAUCACUUGUUUGAGGCCCCAGCCAAAUUGUACAGAAUGGUUGGUAAGAGUGAAAAAUUAACCACUGAGUGGUUAACCGAGCAGUUUUCCUGUGCUCUGUGCAAGCGCUGAACAAGUACUGCCAAUGGCUUAAACUCUGAUGAGAUUUAUUGUAAUAUUUUGAAGCCUUUGUACAGGCUAGAUUUAAAUUACAGGUUAGAUGUUUUAUUUUGCUAGCGCAGACUUUCCCCAUGUAUUUUCAUUUACAGAUGCAAGGGACUUCUUUUCUUCUUUUAUACUCAAAUUCCCCCCCCGCCCUUGUCUUCUUUCAGUUGAUUACUGGAUCCAAGUCCUUACAGAAGGAGCUGGCACUGUCCUGGAAGGCCCUUAGUUGCCCCAGGGUAUUGCUAGAGGCACUUGCUGUCCCUCAGGCCAAGUCUCCUCCUGAACUCUUACAGGAAAGGGAGACCCAAGAUCUUUUGUUGUGCAGAGGCUCUUACUAAAGACUGUGUGAAGAACUAGGACUGUUCAUAAUACGUAACUAUAUCCUGCUGGAAGAGCUGCGUAGCCAGUGUGGGAAACCAGAGGGCCUGGAGAGGAGGAAGAUGCAAGAGACUUGACAGAAGUGAGAGGGCUGGUGACUUGGUCAGGACAGGUAAGAGGAUGCGUUUCUUUUCUCUCCUCACUCAGGAACUCGGUGCCACAGGAUGGUGAAGAUACCAGAAGUUUCCUGUGUUCAGAAUGUUAGUGUGUGCUUCACAGAGGCUCUCUCUUCCAUUAAUCGAUCUAACUCAGUAAGUCAGUCAGCAGCUGCAGCUCACUGGAUACAGUGGUACCUCCGCCGUCCCUGCACACUGUAAGCAUCGUCUCUGUCCCCAUGCUCUUGCCUAGGCCUCCGCUGCUGCCCACUGCUGGGCCAGGACACCGGGCUCCUCCUGCCUUUGGUACCACCUCCUACAGCUUUUGUUUUUUGACAUACCUCUAAGUCACCGUUCCCACUGUGCCUUGACCACUGCCCCAGAGAGGAGGGGGCCUGCUCUCAUAUUCUUGCGGAGGAUGUGCAGAACCAUGCUACUUCCCAGAAAAACCCCUCUGGCCAGAGGCGCCUGGGCCCUUUACCGGGAGGUAAAGGACAAAAACAGUCUCUGACAGGGCUGGUGCCUCACAUUCACCCAGAAAGGUUUGUGAUUCUGCUUGAAACUUCUGAUUGAAGAGGCAUUUUUCACGUUACUGAGACGCUGCCAACUACAUCACAGGGCCAAGGGGGAAUAAUGUAGUACAGGGAUCUGCUUUGUUAAUUAGUUUACAAACCCCAUCAAGAUGAGUAAGGAGAGUGUUUGGCUAGUACCUGCCUUCCAGAAAAAUUAAUGCUUUUGGAGUUGGAGAAACUGAGCAGACACCUGCAGAUCUUCCUACAGAUCUCCUUAAUACCAUCUUGCCCCUUCCAAAAGGAGCACAGUUCAGCUUCUGCAGGUUGCCCUAAAC